AGUAGCAGUUCUCUGCAAGGGGCAAGGAUCGGCAGAGCACCGGGUCACCUGUGGAACCAGAGGAAACUCGGGGAAACUGGAGCUGGUCCGGCGGAGGCGGGGAAGGAAAACUGAGCCGGGGGGGAAGCGACGUCCAGCUUCUGCACCUUUCCGCUGACACUGCUGCAAAUUAAGACACAUCAUGUUGACAGAGGUGCUGGUUGCCGUGGUGAUCGGGGGACUUCUUUACGUCCUGGUUCCGAGGAACAGGAAGCAGGUUCUGAAGGUAGAGGACGGCUGGUGGGGACCUGGAUCACACUCUGGUGGGGAGGAAGAUGUCACCAUUCACCCCUUUAAAAUCAGCACCAGUGACGAAGAGCUGGAAGACCUCCACAGGAGAAUGGACCAAACCCGUCCUGUUCCUUCUCUGGAGGACAGCCAGUUCAACUACGGCUUCAACUCUCACCACUUGGAGACCGUGGUCUCUUACUGGAGAAAUACGUUUGACUGGAAGAGACAAGUCGACAAACUCAACCGCUAUACUCAUUUCAAAACCAAAAUAGAAGGAAUUGAUGUUCAUUACGUGCAUGUGAAACCGAAGAGGGUGCCCGAGGGCACUCAUGCUAUUCCUCUGAUAAUGGUACACGGCUGGCCCGGCUCCUUCUACGAGUUCUACGGGUUGAUCCCCCUACUGACGGAGCCGUCAGAGCCCGGGGACCUGGUGUUUGAGGUGGUGUGUCCUUCCAUACCGGGAUAUGGCUUUUCCCAAGCUCCACAGAAGAAAGGUUUUGAUUCUGUCUGUGCGGCACACAUCUUCCACAAGCUGAUGGCCCGUCUGGGUUUCCAGCAGUUCUACGCUCACGGAGGGGACUGGGGGUGGCUGGUCACCACCAACAUGGCUCAGCUCCAACCCAAAGCUGUUAAAGGCUUGCAUGUGAACUUUGCCCCGCCCUCCAAGCCGGGCCUGAUGAUGGGUUUAUCUGUCAUGCUUGGCCAUCGCUUUCCAAAGCUGUUUGGCUUCACUGAGAUGGAUCUGCAACGUCUGUAUCCCUGCAAGGAAAAACUGCUGGUGGAAAGUGUCAAAGAGUCUGGCUACAUGCACAUCCAGGCCACCAAACCCGACACCGUGGGGCGAGGACUGAAUGACUCUCCGGUGGGUCUGGCUGCUUACAUUCUGGAGAAGUUCUCCACGUGGACGAACCGUGACUUCAGAAACCUGGAGGACGGCGGUCUGACCAGGAAGUUUUCUCUGGACGACCUGCUGACCAACGUGAUGAUCUACUGGACGUCAGGCUGCAUCAUCUCCUCCAUGAGGUUCUACAAGGAGAACUUUGGAAAAGGCCUGGACCAGCCGCACUCCAAGAUGCCAGUGUAUGUUCCAACUGGCUUUGCCUGCUUCCCCAACGAGCUGAUGCACACGCCCAAGCUGUGGGUCCGGCAGAAAUACCCUCAGCUCAUCUCUUUCACACCCAUGGCUCACGGGGGCCAUUUUGCUGCAAUGGAAGAGCCCAAGCUGAUGGCAGAGGACAUCCAGAAGUUCACCAAAAUAGUGGAGAAAAAGAAAUAGGAAUGAGUUGAGGGUGGACUAAAGUAUGAAGCCAGAGUUUUCCCUGCAUGUGUGCAGGAAUAGGAGCUGCUGAUAUAGAUGAUGAUGAUAUAUGAUGAUGCUGCAUAUAGACAGUUUAUGCAAUUAUAACUGAAAACUUUAAUGUUUUCAUACCUUUAAACAUAUGUAAAGGAAAAAACAUUGUGUCCAACAAAACAUUCCUUUGUUGGGCAUAAACACAAAAAUAACAAAAGUUGUAAUGUAAUGAUGAAAAAAAAAAAAAAAAAAAUGAUUUUUACGAAUUAAUAUGAGAAUCGAUUUAGAAUCGGAAAAUCAAUUUUUUUUCAACACAGGCCUAUGUUUUAUAGCGAUUACUCUAGAAAAUGCAGAUAUA